GGUCUGGAAUUAUUUCUUCAACUUUAGGUGAAUGCUGCAGUCUGAAACCGGAUCCUCAUCUCACCCCCUGAGAACCCAGAGAGCCUCCGUUUCCAGGGAGUAUCUGGCUCUUGGUCCGUCUCUAUAUCCGAUUUCUUGGAUCACAGCGUUCCCCUUUAAGCCUCCGGUCCUCCCUGAACACCAGCCUAUUGUCUAAAGUCCACCCAUCUGUGGGGGUGGCUCUGCAAAAGUUUGCAGAGGAAACUUUUCAAGCUGUCACUGGUCAUCGGGAGGAGACUGAUGGAGGACAGGGGGACCAGACACGCGUACGUAAACUUUAAAACCAACUUUUAAAACUAGUGGGGCUCGGAAUCAGGAUGCAACAAAACGCCCCGUGAAGACAAACCAUGUUCCGGCCCAAACUGGAGGGUUUUACUGGAGCGCAUGGUCGCAGCCACACUUUGAGCUGAGGAAAAGUUAGAUGUUUCAGCCGUGUGGGUCACCGUCCUGACAACAUGAGCCGUUUGGACUGCGGGCUGCGCGCUUCUGGACAAAGAGCGUCUCCCAUCCAGGUCUUGAUCGCGCUUCUGGUGCUGGAAGGCUGCGGCACGCUUGGGUUGUCCGAUGAACCAGCCUUCCCAGAGGGAUUUCAGCACAACCUGCAUCAGUUUGAAGUGGUUCACCCAGUCAGAGUUGAUGCCAGAGGGCACUUCUUGUCCAACUUCCUGGCUCACCAUGCUCACCGCGUACAGCGCCGGGAAGCCUCAGAGGAGAACAUAUACUCAGAUCAAGUCUUCUACCGGUUUCUACACCACGGCCACAGCUUGCAUUUUAACCUCACGUUGAAUCCAAACCUGCUGGCUCCAGGCUUCAUGACAGAGAGGAGGUACGGUGGCCUGCAGGGGGCGAAGAUCAGUCAACCUGAGGCUGCACAGUGCCAUUACCUAGGCGAAGUGUGGGAUGAAACCACUGUUAAAGGGAGUGCAGCGAUAAGUACAUGUGAUGGACUGACAGGAUUGUUCAAGUUCUCUGAGGAGGAGUUUUUCAUUCAACCUCUGGAAAAGUUGGAUGAUGAGAUCUCAGCACCACAGGCCCAUGCCAUCUACAAACGACACACGUCUCCUCCCUUCCAGGGUCCAGUCCUACAAAACAUCUCAGGGAAACAAGCUCUCAACGGUACCUGUGGAAACCAAAAUUCUCAUCACAGUUUUGAGGAAAGCGAGAGACGGCGGGAACGGUGGGAGUACCGGCACCAGAGGAGGAGCAAAAGAGUACGUCAGCGCUCUGUCAGCAAAGAGAAGUGGGUUGAAACGUUAGUGGUGGCUGACCCAAAGAUGGUGGAUUAUCAUGGAAGCAAAGCUGUGGAGAGCUACGUCCUGGCUGUCAUGAACAUUGUAGCAGGUCUGUUUAAAGAUGCCACUAUCGGAAAUGCUAUCAACAUCGUGAUUGUUCGGCUGAUCUUACUGGAGCAGGAUGAGGAUGAUCUAAAAAUCACACACCACGCAGAUAACAGCUUGAAUAGUUUCUGCAAAUGGCAAAAGAAACUGAACAUGAAAGGAGACGAACACCCUCUGCAUCACGACGUGGCUGUUCUACUCACCAGGAAGGACAUAUGUGCUGCCGUCAACAAGCCUUGUGAGACUCUGGGACUGUCUCACGUGGCGGGAAUGUGUCAGCCUCAUCGUAGUUGCAGCAUUAGUGAAGACACGGGCCUCCCUAUGGCCUUCACUGUGGCACAUGAGCUGGGGCACAACUUUGGGAUUCAGCACGACGGCAACGGUAAUGACUGUGAACCGAUCGGGAAACGACCGUUCGUCAUGUCUCCACAGCUCCUGUACGGCACCUUCCUGCCCAGGUGGUCAUGCUGCAGCCGCCAGUACAUCACCCACUUCCUGGAUCGCGGCUGGGGCUGGUGCCUCGACGACGCCCCGGUGAAGGACGGACUGUCUCUGACUUCGAUUCUUCCUGGAGUUCUGUACAGCGCCGUUCAUCAGUGUCGCCUGCAGUAUGGAUCUGGAUCUCGGCUUUGUGAUGACAUGGAUAACGUCUGCAGCACAUUGUGGUGCACCGUGGGAACAACCUGCCACUCAAAGCUGGAUGGAGCCGUGGACGGGACCAGCUGUGGGGAGGACAAGUGGUGUGUCCAUGGAGAGUGUUUGCCGGUGGGAUACCAUCCUGAGAGUGUGAACGGAGGCUGGGCUCCGUGGAGCGAGUGGUCGGUCUGUUCGAGGACGUGUGGCUCGGGUGUCCAGAGUGCCCAAAGAGACUGUGAUGAUCCUGUUCCUAAAUACAGAGGCAAAUAUUGUUUGGGAGAACGACUGAAGUACAGGAUCUGCAACAUUGACCCAUGUCCUCAUGACCAGCCCACCUUCAGACAUGCCCAGUGUGCCCACUUUAAUUCCCUGUCCUACAAGGGCAAGCUCUACAAGUGGGAGGCUGUCAUCAACAAGGCCAACCCCUGUGAACUGCACUGCCGUCCACUUAAUGAACAUUUUUCUGAGAAAAUGCGAGAUGCCGUUACUGACGGGACACCGUGUUAUGAAGGCAACAAGAGCAGAGACAUGUGCAUCGGUGGUAUUUGUCAGAACAUUGGCUGUGAUUAUGUGAUUAACUCCGGCUCUGUUGAGGAUCGCUGUGGAGUCUGUAACGGGAACGGCUCCACCUGCACAACCGUCAGGAGAACGUUUGAGCAGCAUGAAGGGAUCGGAUACAUUGAUAUUGGGCUGAUCCCGGAAGGAGCCUGGAACAUCCUGAUUGAGGAAGUGGCUGAAGCUGGGAAUUACCUGGCUCUGCGAAGCGACAACCCCGGCCAGUAUUAUCUGAAUGGUGGCUGGACAAUCCAGUGGAACGGAGAAUACAAAGCUGCUGGAACCGUGUUCACCUACGAGAGGUCGGGAGACCUGGAAAACCUGACGUCUCCUGGGCCAACAAUGGAGCCUAUGUGGAUUCAGCUUCUCUUCCAGGAGACCAAUCCAGGAAUCCGCUACGAGUACACCAUUAGUCGAAAUAUUUCCGAGGACAACAACAUUCCCGGAGCUGUUUACUUCUGGAAAUAUGGAUCGUGGACUGAAUGCAGUGUUACCUGUGGGACAGGGUUUCAACAGCAGAUUGUUUACUGUGUUGAGAGGACCACGGGGAUAGCAGAGCAGCAUUUGUGUGACUCGUCCACUCAACCAGACAACAACCAAACCAGCUGUAACAAGGAUCCAUGUCCAGCCACAUGGUUGGUUGGAGAUUGGCAUAAAUGUUCAGCUAGCUGUGGGAGCUCAGGUCUGGCUGAAAGGACGGUUCUCUGCAUCCAAGCUGUGAGUGCAGAUGAGCAGAAAGCUCUGGAUCCGGGUGACUGUGAGCAUCUUCCCAAACCUAAGUCCAUAUCCGCCUGCAACACACACAUCCCCUGCCCAGCAGACUGGAUCACUGGCAGCUGGUCAAAGUGUUCACAGACUUGUGGAACUGGAUUCCGUCACCGUAACGUUACCUGCUCCAGAAACACAGGGGCUGAUUGUGACCCUCAAAACAAACCUUUGUCUGCCUCCACCUGCAGCAUUAAGGAUUGCACACAGAUUGUGGAUAACUUUGGGAGUAUUGAGUGGUCAGGAAGUGGCUGGUCCAGUAAUGAAGUGUUUAAUGAAAUUAACCCCAUUCCUGAAGAUAAACCUCCUCCUAAAUUCAGCAUCUCCAGAAGCCAGCCCCGAACUCAUACUGACAUCAUCGAGGGAGAUUUCCACUACCACAAUAACAUCGAAAACAAUGAAAAUACUCAAAAAAUCAGUGUUCAUGUGGAUGAUUUUUACUAUGAUUAUAACUUCAUCAACUUUCAUGAAGACUUGUCCAAUGACUUUGAAAGCUAUGGAGAAGUAUCAGAAGGGAGACAUGGAUCCAGUGAUCCACAGGAAACCAAACCAACCCAGAGGGAGAAGGAAAGAACUCUUACUGAUCCUACAGUCUCAACGGUCUACACUCUGAAAACCACUGACCAUCAAAGCACAAACAAAGACGAUGAAAAAAGUAGUGCCCAAGACGAUUCUGAAAAUCUUGAUGAUUUCCUUUAUGACGAUCACCUUCUGCCUGUGUCUGUCACUCACCCAUCACCACCUUCUCCAACUCUGAGUUCACGAAAAGUAGAAGUGGGUAAAGGUCUCCUGUGGGCUGAAAGCACAAGCAUAACACCUGGACCGGCUUACAGGAUGAAGCAGCUUGAACAGGAGGAAGUGUGGGGGCAAUCUAGGGAAGAGGCGGAAAAUAAUGAUGAUAGUCCAAGAGAGGAGGAAAAUCAAUCUAAUAAUUUCACUGUGACCCCAACACAUGGUGCUCCAACUUCCAGACAUAAAAACACCAAUGUUGCUGCAUAUCAAGAACACACGGAGAGUCCUAAGCUUUUAGACUCUUCCAUUCUUGCAAAUAAAACUCAGGUUAUAACUGAACUUUAUGAAAAUUCUUCAGAAAUACCUCUAACAACAAGUCAGACUGCAGAUUUAAAAACUGCUUUGGACAUAAAUCAGGAUCAGGUUGCCUCUAGUGGCGGUAGCAUGUGGGAUAGCAGCUCUGACCUCAGUACAGCGUCCCCCCCCUUUCCCAUUCCCCAUCUAAUCUCAGGUAACAUAGCCACAUCUCCCACAUCUGCUGACUCCACAGCUCUAACUGGAACAGAAGCCAGACCAGCUCCAAACCUUCAGGGAGUCACAGAGGUUCCUCUGACAGAUUUACAGACCGCUACAAUGGAACAUACACAUCCUUCACUUGGUGAUACAACUGGAACAGAUUUCACAUUCCAGCCAUCCUCAUUUCAUUUAGCUGAUUUAGACUUUGAUGAAACGUUAAUUCCUUCAGUUGUGAGGAGCAGCAUUAGCAGCCAUUCCAGCACUUCAACAGUCACGUCAGCCAACUCUAAACUCAGAUCAGCACAGCACAUGAAGUCACCGACACCUGCUGCUUCGAUUCUCCCAACCCCUGCACCGAGUGAGCGGCUGAACACGGUCCAAACUUCAGCCUCCACACAACUCAGUGGAGCUGCUUUCUGGAUUGCUGGGAACUGGAGUGCUUGCUCCACCAGUUGUGGUCUUGGUGCUAUCUGGCGGACCUUGACGUGCAGUACUGGUUCAGAGUCUGACUGCAAUCCAGCUAAAAGGCCCGCGCCAGCUCGACAGUGCUACCUGCGCCCCUGCUCCAUGUGGAAGGUCGGGGAGUGGAGUAAGUGCUCCAAGAACUGCGAAGGUGGAAUUAGAUUUCGAGAGGUCCAGUGUUUUGACCUGAGGGAUCAACGAGCUCUUCGACCUUUCCACUGUCAGGCGGUGUCCACCAGGCCACCAUCAGAGAAACCCUGUAAUGCUCAGCUAUGUCUGGACUGGUACACCUCCUCCUGGGGUCAGUGCUCUGAGGUGUGUGGAGGAGGUGAGCAGCAGCGCAUCGUCACCUGUCCUGAGGACGAUCGAUGCCACAGAGACCUUCAACCCAGAAACAUUCAGUCAUGUAACAGCCAGCCGUGUGCUCAGUGGCUGACCGGAUUAUGGGAGGAGUGCUCAGCUUCCUGUGGUGGUGGAGUGCAGCAUCGACUCAUCAAAUGUGUCGACACGAAGGCUGAGACACAGGAAAUGGUGGAACCAUCUCAGUGUGACCUCCAGCUGAAGCCUAACAACACCCAAAGGUGCAACCUACACAACUGUGAGAGCACUCCCUCUGCAACCCUUUGCCAUCGUGACCGGCUGACGUUUCGUUUCUGUCAGACUCUCCGCUCACUCGGACGCUGCCUCCUGCCAAACGUGCAAAUGCAGUGCUGCAAAACGUGCAACCAGCGAUCCCACCCCAGCCGCACGUCUCGACAGCAGCAGCGGUGAAACUCUUCAGGUGCUUCAUCAACAGGGACUCUGAUUACACAACAGGGUCGAUACAGAGAAUCAACUUUCCUGCCUCUUUUCUGACCUACAGAAUAAUAUCUGCAUGUUUAGUGUACUGGUCGGACAGCAAAAGCAAAAAAAAAAAGAAUGUAAAUAUAUGUUUGCACUUUUAUUACCAUACAUUAUGACGAUGUUUGUGGAGCAGAAACUAGGAUUCUUUCAGUCUGCUAGUUAAAGCAUUAACACAAAUAGAUAAAGCACUCACUAACAUUUCUGGCUGUAAUACUUUUUCUAAUAAUGACAUCAACAGAAACUGCACAAUUACUGCAAACAGCUGAGGGACUUUAUAACCAAUGUGGUACCAGUGUUGGGAAACCAGACAUCGGUGGUGCAUAACUCAUGAUAUUUUAAAAUGUUAUCUGUUAUUCCUUUAUUCCUGAGGUCUUAAAAGGUAAUUAUGGGUAAUUAUAUCCUGCUGCUUUUCUGGUAGGCAGUGGUGGUGUCACACUAGUGUCACAAUCAGAGAAACAGAAUCAUAUGAACAGCAUGCAUUCAAAUUAGAAACAGAGGGCUUACUGUAGCUUUCCAUCGAGCAAUUUUAACAAAUAAUAUUUCAAAAGGCAGCAAUCUGGACUGUGAUUUUUACCCUGUGCAAGGCACCUUUCACACUGAAUGGUGACCCCAAAAACCUUCCACAACCAAGAUGGUCUUUUCAGGGUUUGAAUCAAGUUUCCUGGUGUUAGAAGUGAUUGAGUGUGACAGCUCGGAGCUGGUUUUAGCAUAUAUAAAACUAUCAUAGCUAGCCUGUCGUGCACCAGGUUCGGGUGGAGCAUGGGCAGAGUGGGUGUGUUUGCAGUGGUGUUGGUGCAUCAACAAACACCAGCAUGGUUUGAUCUUCAGGGAUAUGAAACAGACGUCCAGUUAUGGUGUCUACUUGAACAGCAGCAAAGCUUUGAGCUCUGACUGACAUAUUCUAAAUACUCAUGUCCUCACCGUAGCUAAAGCCACAGUUUUAUUUUAAAAGAUCUGAAACAAGUUAUCAAUGAGACGCUGAGAGUAAAGAUGCCAAGUAAACAACGCCCUAAAGCAAUAACAGCAGGAGAAGAUGGUCCUGAAGGCAACGCUAGCAACAUUCCUGAGACGGACAACGUGGAGGAAGCUAGUGCUAGCGACCAACGCUCCAACGGUAACCUACAGACAACCGAAAGUGCAUUUUAUUACGCAGCUCUAAGAAGGUCUGGAAACUGAUUAGUGUUUAAGUUUUUAAUUAACUUAACUUGUGUCUCACAACAAGGCCCAGUGGUGGUGUGACUGGAAGAUGUAUUUGGUAAAUAACAGCAUCAUGAUUGCCUUUAUAUCAAUCCAGCUUGCUCUUACACUGAUCUUUUAUGUAAUUGUAGAAAUAAAUUUUCAGUUUGGCAGUUUGCUGGACUUAUUUGAUCUGGAGAGAAACGUAAGAGCCAGAUUUGAAAAGGGAACUUAAAGGAUAAAGCAAGGAAAGGACCUUCAUCAACAUGAACAUUUAUCAGUAAAUCAGUGAAUCUUCUCACAUUCAGACAUUUGAACAAAAGAUGGUUAUCAGGCAGGAAUCUCCAUCUGAAGGUUCCUAAUGAAUAUCCAUCAUGAUCAACAGCUUUGCAUCAUUCAAACUGAAUCCAUUUAACUAGAAUGAGUAAAAGUGUGAAUUUCGAGUAACAUUAAAACCCAUGUUUUAAAUUGCUACGUGGAGUUUGGCGGUAUCUCUUUUGCUCCGACAAGAAAAGGGGGAACAGAAAUAAAUGUCCACAGCUACAGUAGUCAUCAAUGAAACAUGGCCAGGUUAAAAAUAAUUAGAUCACCAUUUAAAAUUGUUGAGGAAGGCCGUUGUUGGUUUAGUGUCCAGGAAACAGCAGACAACGUCUCGACUAGUAGAAACUAGGGUUGUCACGGUGUGAAAAUUUAACCUCACGGUUAUUGUGACAAAAAUUAUCACGGUUUUCGGUAUUAUCGCAGUAUUUUUUUAAACGCGCUACAUUUUCAGACAACUAAAUAAACCUUGUAUAUCAGGAAAAUAUUGUCCUCAGUUUGUGUCUAAAUUUCGCUUACAAUUUGUUAUUUUGUAAUUAUGUUGUUUAUUUGUUUACAUUUUUCCCCUUUAGUCUUUAAAAUAGCAAUAUUUGCCCAUAACUUCUUAUUUUUUGUCUGUUUGAUGUCAUCAUUUUAAAAAUAUUAGAACAGAUGAUACUCAGUACUCAAGUAGCAUUCUAAUCAGAUACUUGUUUACCCUUACUUGAGUAAUAAACCCUAUAUCAGGAAAAUAUUGUCCUCGGUUUGUGUCCUUCCAGUGAGCUUUGCAGAUGUGGGAAAAUGUCAUCAGACAGUAAUCAUUGUUAAAUUCAUAAUUAUUCUGAGAGAGAGACCAACACUUAUCUGCCCCUGGGAGCCCCGUAAUGCAUAGCGUCAUUUAAACAUGGGGGUGUCCGCGACACGGUUUAUAUGCAGGUAGCGGCGCUGCGGCUGCUUUAUAUAGCGACUCGUUGCAUUCUCCCUCAACCCAAAUCCUCGGAUCACGCAUUUUAGCUAAAACGCUAACGUUAGCUUGCCUUGCUGUAGAGUUGUGGGUGAUGGUCACGCAGAUGUGUCAUGAGAUUUGAAGCUUUGCUGCCUUUCACAGACACUUUUUCUGCACGUGCUGCAAACAGGGUACGGUAGCUGUCUUCAAUCAGCUGUCCCUCGGCAUUCUUCAAAUAUCCAAAAAAUGCCCGUACUUCCCACUUUGUCUUCUUUGAGGGAUAAUAAAUGUCCUGAGCGCUGCCGUCUCCUCCUUUGGCCAUUAUUUCAGCUUUAGCUUCAAGAAAGUUUUGGCAACAAAGUGCGCAUGUGCCGCCAGCAACUUCAGCAGAUGAUACGGUGGCUGGUAAGGGUCACCGCGCCUACACCGCAGCCACGGUAAUCCACCGAGAUAAUUUUUUUUCAAAACAAGACGGUUAUUAUUAUUGUCAACUUUUUUUUACUGGGGUUUACCGCUACACCGGUUACCGUGACAACCCUAGUAGAAACUAACUUUAGCAUUAGCAACUCCACCACACAGAAAAGCUCCUCCAGACUUGUGUUAUUUGUGGAGAUAAAACAUCAUCGUUGCAAGUUAGUGGUAGAGUUGUAUUGCUGUAAUCUAAUCCGAGGCGAGAUGUCCAAAUAUCAGGAAAUAAGACUCCCAAGUCCUGCCGUGUUGUGCCACUCUGCUGCAGCAGACUGGUCGUGCUGAUGCCAGCGGUUCUGGGCUUUUUUGCCCAGAGCACAGCUUGCAAGGCAUUUAUUGCUACCAGAGACCACUGUAAAUGUGUUGAUUAAAGGAGUUUCCCGCACCUUUAAAACGAUAAAUCUUUGCACUUUGAAUAGAUGAACACCAAAGUCACAUUAAAAGUGUUAACUGCUUGAAGCAUUUUCAGCUUCUGGUUUAUCUCUCAUCCAGCUGGAGGUCAAAUUCAAUGGCUGCAAAGCUACGUUAAACUGGACUGUAAAGAAAAUAAACCUCUUUGUUUAAUUCAGUUUAAUCUCAGGAUUGUGCCGAGUGGGCUGAAUCAACAAAGCUCCUUUUCUCAUUGAAAAUUUGUACUUUUAGCUUGUUAUUUGACACAGUUUGAAAUUUGAUUUUAUCACCUGAAAUCAUGGAGACUCAUCUCCAAUUAAUCCACAGUAAUGUACCAGCAGGGAGCUGGUGCUUAUCUCAGCAGUUCAGAGGCAGUGGAGACCAUGGACAGGCCACCAGUCCAUCUUAGGGACACUCAGAGACAAACAAUCAUUCACACUGUAGGGAAAUUUUAGAGUUUUCAAUGAACCUGACAAGCAGGGUGUUUGGUAUGGGAGGAAACCAGAGAAUCCACCGCAAGGUGAAUGUGCUAAUUGCUCCACCGUGCCUGAAAUCAGUUUGAUUACAUUUUAAAUGGUUUAUUAGAUUCAUUUCAUUCAUCUAUUGUUGGUAUUUCUCAGUAUUUAGUGUGACCGCAGAGUGGAUGAGAGUAUGGGCGUGGCCACCAUAACACCAUCUAUUUGAAGCUUGGAGUUUCUCAUUUGGCCAACACGUCUCAUUCUUGACCCUAAAAUGAUCAUGUUUGAAUAGGAGUAGAACUGCACCUUAUGGUUAAUACACCGGCAAGGGUCAAAUGUUUGAUUAAUUGAUUAUUUGGAACUAGUAGUUAAUAAUUUUACAAAGGGACCACCAGCAUGCCUUCAAAUAGUGAAUGUAGCUGAGAACGUGAAGGUACCACCUUGUGGGCAUCAGUGGGAUUGCACAUUGAAGCGUUAUUCUGUAACAUUCAUCUUCAGCAAACUCUACUUCCUUGUGAUGUCUCUGUAUUUUAGUCUUUUAAAACUUAACCUGCUGAGUUUUUGUUCUCCUGCAGCUUCUCUUGUUGAUCCAGACCAACUGUCUGGGGGAAAGCUUUACCAAACGCUCAGCAUGUAAAACGUUAAAUCCUUUAUGAAGCUGUUGUAGUCUAAACAGCUGUGUGCUGUCACACUGCACCUUUCACACAAGAACGUUACAAAAUAAAAUGUGACAAAAAGAAGAAUUUGCAGGUAAUACUUGGUGCUAAAGGUUGCGUAGGCUCCUAAUGUUAUGGUGUCAGGUAUUGGCUGGCCCAGUGCCUUAUCAACUUGAGUAGUGAUUCAUUUGGUGUUAUGAGGUUUUAUUAAACAUUUGAUUGAAAAUGUUAAAACUUUUUAUUUCUGAGUGAAGUAAUCAGAAAAAGGAUUUAAAGUCACGUCUCACAGCUUUAAUUUGGGAAGAGUAAUUGCAGAACGAAGUAUGUGAUGCAUUUCAAAUGUGUAUCGAAUCUUUAACCUUUCAUCUGCGUCUCUCUUUCUUUGCCUAGAAACAUAUUUUAAAACCUGAAUCAUAAAUUAGUAGAAAAUUAAAAGCAGCUUGGAAGUCUCACCAAGACAGAAACUCAUAAACUGUCCUUUAUUUGCAACCUCUAACAGAUUAACACCUGGUGCAACAUUCCCAUUUAUUUUAGAUGUACUUAUAUGACAUGAACAACAAUUUCCUUUUUUUUAACUAAAUGUGCAAAAUGUCAGAAACUGUGUUUUACAAUAAAAUUAAAAAAACACAUGUUGUCUUAACUUCUUUCA